CCUUAUCCAGACGAACUUCCACAUAUCUGGUGGUGUGCCACUGGACCCCUCGCCUUCCUGCCAAUACAUGCAGCGGGUAUCUACGAUUCAGACAGUGAAACGGAAAGGCUCGUCAAUUAUGCCAUAUCGUCCUAUAUACCCACCCUAUCUGUCCUCCUCGACUCACCAAACCCAACACCGAGUUUGCCUUUCAAGCUAUUGUCGGUGAUACAAUCAUCAGCUCCCGGUGCAUCCACAAUCCCUAACACAUUAGAAGAAUUGAAACGCAUCCAGCUCUAUAUCCGGGAUGGCGAUCACAUUGUGCUCGAGGAAUCUCAAGGAACGAAGGAACGAGUAAAGGAGCAAAUGGAAUAUUGUAGUUGGCUCCAUCUAGCAUGCCAUGGU